AUGGCUAGUGAUCAAAAAGGCUCGACAGAGCUGCAACCUGGUCCAAGCGGGAUGUCAAACAAACGAGCUAGAAGUAGAAGUUCAUCCAGCAGCAGUUCAAGCAGCACGUCAAGCUCGUCAUCUUCAAGCGGUCAAAAGCGGUCGCACCGCCACCGCCACAAGAAAAGUAAGCGAUCUCGGCGCUCCGCGCGCCUAAUGGACAAGCUGUUCAAGGAAAUGGGUGAGCUUCGCAAACAUAUUGCAGUUGGUAACGACAAUAAUGUUUGUCACGAUACUAAUUGUUUUGAAAAUAAUCGUUGCCUUGAAAAUUCAAAUGUUGCUUUCCCUGAUAACGAGUCAAUUCUGUCAGAGGUUAGUGGUGAUUUAUAUGAAGUUAACAAUGUGAAUGAUGCUCCAUGCCCAGACGCUGAGAGUCAAGACGCAAAUUCAAAUUUGCCGUUCACUUUUGACAUUGAAACAAAAUUAAAGGAACCUUCGGUCCCUAAAACUCCAGAUUUUUUUCUGAAAAUGCUUCUUGACGUUCAGCGCUUGGGAAGCGCAGCAUGGUCAGAGGUUAGAUACUCUGAUACACAAAAACUUUACAAUCAUACACCAGGUUUCGUAGACCUGGAAUCAAACGAAGAGGUAAAAAUGUAUGAUACUUCACGUCAUCUAGCUUAUGCUGAUAAAUCAUAUGCAGCUAUUACCUACUGCAUAUUGAAACAAAAACAGGCUAUUCAAGAUAGUAUUCGUAGUCUUUUGUCGUGGGCUAAAAAUAUGAAUUUUUCUUAUGACGAAUUAAAUACUAAAGUUGAUGAGCUUUUCCAAAAAGGCGAUCUACAAAAGGUUUCCUCUGAUCUUUUACAAUUAGUUUGUGGGCACCGCGCCGAAGCUAUCGAAAUGCGCAGAGAGGCCAUUACAAGCCAAAUUAAAGAACCACUUGUCAAGGCAUUAGUUAACAAAAUCCCCCCUUCCACAACUAACAUUUUUGAUGCUGAUUCUUUUACAUCAGCUCUUGAAAAGGCAGGAGGUGUUCGAAAAACGUUUUGGCCUCUUAAACAAAAUGCUCUAAGCAAGGCAAAUCAGCCUAACAGCCGCCCCUCGCGGGGGCAAGGCAUACGAAAACCUACAAUUCCAUCGCGUGGAAUUCAGUGCAAUGCGACUUCAGGGUACUUUCCCUCGCAAAAUAUGCAUAUGCAAACCUGUUAUAACGCACCCUCGCGGGGUGUAUGCCAUUGUCAGAAUUGUCAACAACCGAAUUACCCUUGGGUAACUCAACCAUCAAACAAUCAUCCUGCUUACCACACAAGUGGAAGAGGGUCAUUUCAAAAUCGAGGCUCGCGGCCCGAUCGUGGAGGUACCAGAGGACGAGGGAAUGCCGGUAGAGGUUACAAAGGUAACCAGAAACGGCAGAAACCAUGACUCGGAACCGUUUCAAGCAGGCCAGUUAGCGCACUUCCUCACUCAGUGGAAGAAAAUGGGAGCACCAGAAAUAGCAUUAAAGUUAAUCCGAGGAUAUCGCAUACCAUUCCUUGCAAAACCUCCUCUGGUGUAUCCCAAUUUAAAAACGGGCCCCUUUCACACUCCUGUGUCAAAGGAAAUGUCUUUAAUUGUGCACAACAUGAAAGCUCAAGGUGUUCUAAGUGUAGCACAACCGUCACCAAGCUUCAUUUCUCCUCUUUUCCUUGUGCCAAAACCGGACGGAUCAGCUCGACCAAUAUUCAACUUGAAAGCGCUAAACGAUUAUAUACUGGCCGAACCGUUUCACCUAAUAAACAUGCAUCGGAUUCCCGACUUCCUCCAACCAAACGACUGGAUGUGCAAGGUAGAUAUAUGCCAAGCUUACUUUCACGUGAAAGUAGCCGAGGCACACAGACGCUUCCUGCGCCUAAUUUACAACGGAGAAUUGUUAGAAAUGACGUGCUUGCCGUUCGGGCUAAGCACAUCUCCGAAAACGUUCUCAAUACUAACAAAUUGGGUAGCUCAAACCUUGCGACAACAAUGGGACGUCCGAAUUGUAGUUUACCUGGACGAUUUUCUGAUUGUCCAUCAAAAUGCAGACAUAUUACGAGAUCAUGUCAAAAUCACUAUUCAAACCCUCAUAAGUCUCGGAUGGAAAGUGAAUUUCGAAAAAUCGAUUCUGUAUCCUCAAAAAAGUAUAGUUUACUUAGGGAUACUUUGGCGAACUUGGGAAAACUUAAAAUCCUUACCAGAAGAAAAAGUAACUUCAUUGCGUCAAAAACUAGAAGAAGCUCUUUUUCAAGGAAAACUGACCUUAAAAAAUACUCAGAGAAUAGUAGGAUCUCUGAAUUUCGCCAGUUUUGUCGUUCCAAGGGGUCGGCUCAAUCAUCGACGACUUCUAAUGUUUCUAAACUCCCUGCCAGAUCCAUCGACCAUGUCAUUCCCGAUACCACAAAGUGUGUCCAACGAACUAAAUUGGUGGGUACAAAAUUGCCAGGCGUCCACAGUUCUACAUCACCCUCCCCCCACCAAUUUUCUAACAACCGAUGCGUCGGACCAAGCCUGGGGGGCGCAGUUGAACGACCUAGCUCUGUCAGAAGCUUGGCCUCGAGAAGAACAGAACCUUCAUUGCAAUCAGAAGGAAAUGUUAGCCAUCCUUCAUGUUCUUCAAGGUUACGCUCACCUGUUGCAUCACAGUUCGAUGCUUAUACAAUGCGACAACAGGACGGCCGUAGCCCAUCUAAGGAAAGAAGGGGGGUCGAAAUCGUUAGCUCUAGUAAACAUAACCCAUCAGAUUUUAGAUCUUCUAGAUCAAAAUCAAAUACACUUCAGCGUACACUAUCUACCGGGCAAGUACAAUUGUCAAGCCGAUCACCUAUCGCGUCGUCGCCUACCGCCGGAAUGGCACUUACUACCGGCUUGCGUAGAGAAAGUAUUUGCGAAGUGGGGAACACCGGUGGUGGAUCUAUUUGCCUCAGCAACAGCCCAUGUGGUACACAAUUAUGUAUCUCGAGACCUGAGAGACCCUCAAGCGAUGUACCACGACGCAUUCAGCACUCCAUGGAACUACCCACUCGCGUGGGUGUUCCCACCACCUUUUCUGAUGCCCAAAGUCCUCGCUCAAUUGAACCAAUCGACUGGGAUAUUUCUCGUAGUAGUACCUCGCUGGGAGAAAGUGUUCUGGCGGGCAGAUCUCAAAGCCCGAGCGCUAGCAGCGCCUCUUACUCUGAGGAACCUGCGGAAGAAUCUCGUCGACACGUUGACAGGGCUACCACCUCCCCAAGUCGACGAAAUGAUUCUCGAGGUUUGGAAGUGUGGGGGUGGUCUGAGGCGCUAGAGUCGUGGAGUUCAGAUCAACUAUCACUGCUUAAAAACUCUUGGAGAAAAUCGACUUUAAGAACCUACAAAACAGCUUGGCAACGUUGGAUUUCUUGGGCAAGUACAAAAAAUAUAAACCCAAAAAAUCCGACAGGAGCUCAACUAGCACAGUUUUUAUCAGAUUUACAUUUAAUUGAUAAAUUAUCUUAUAAUACCAUACUUUUACACAAAUCAGUCGU